AUAUGAUGUACAGAGUGAGGGCCACUGAAGCCACACGUGCAAAACAAUAACAAAGUGUCGACUGGAAUCUAAUUUGUGAAUGUUUCCUGGCUAAUAAAGUAAAACAGCAUGCAAGUGGAGAAUCUCUACACAUCAGUGGCCUGCAAUCGCUGCACUGAAUGUGCCGAUUGGGGGUCAAAUGGUUUAAUUGCCUUCGGUGCCUGCAAUUCCGUUGCCAUAGUGGAUCCCAAGUUUAAUGGGAAUUCGACCAAGAUUCUGCACACUCUCGUGGAACACACAAAGCGGGUGAACACUGUAAAGUGGCUGGACAAUGAUCUUCUUUUGUCUGGGGCCGAUGAUGCUGACGCCGUCCUCUGGCGAUUGGACAACUCUGGGGCCACAAAGCGCACUGUGCUCAAGGGACAUUCGAGUGGAGUGAAUGCCGUGGAUGGCGUGCGUCUGACGCUUGGCUCUUGGCUCCUGGCCACCGCCGCUGCAGACAGCACACUGAAGCUCUGGAUCCACAAAGAAGACGAUGCACACUGCUUUCAGACAAUCCAAUUGGCUGGUGGCUUCUGCUUCUCUCUACGCCUCACGCUGCUGCCCAACGAUCAUGUGCUGCUGGCCUUCAGCGGUGAUGAUGAAACCAUCUCGCUAUGGACAGAGCGGAUCCCUGCUGGCGACAGUCCUGGGCAGGGUCAGGAACAGGGACAAUUUGAAUGCGUUCACAAGCUGAUUGGCCACGAGGAUUGGGUGCGAGGAUUGGACUUUGUCUACGACGGAGAGGAUUUGCUGCUGGCCAGCGGCUCGCAGGAUAACUUCAUACGCCUCUGGAGAAUCGCUCCACGCAGCGAGGCGCAGAUGCUGGAGAAUCGGGUGGAUCUGUUUAAGCUGAGCGAGAGCGACGGAGAGCUCAAAGUGGAGGAGAAGAUUCUACAGUUGGGCCAGUAUAACUGGUAUGCCGUGAGUCUGGAAUCGGUUCUGUAUGGGCACGAAGGCUGGGUCUACGGAGUCCACUGGCACAUCACAGAGCAGCAGGAGAUUCGCCUGCUGUCGGCCUCCAUCGAUAAGACGCUCAUUGUGUGGGCACCCUCGGAGCAAGGGGUGUGGCUGGAGCAGGUUCGCGUAGGCGAGGUGGGAGGAAACUCGAUGGGCUUCUUUGGUGGCAAAUUCUCCACUGAUGGGCGCUCCAUCAUGGCCCACAGCUACCAGGGAGGCUUCCACAUAUGGAACCAGAACCCAGAUCAGCCCCAUCUAUGGACCUCCAAUGUUGUCAUUGGCGGUCAUUAUGGAGAGGUGCGCGACCUGGCCUGGGAGCAUGAUGGAGCUUACUUAAUGACUGUCUCAUCGGAUCAGACAACGCGUCUUCAUGCCCCUUGGCUGCAGGAGGGCGGCGGCUGCACAUGGCAUGAGCUGGCCCGACCCCAGGUCCAUGGCUACGACAUGCAGGCCCUGGCAUUGCUCUCACGCUAUAAGUUUGCAAGCGGGGCCGAGGAGAAGAUCGUGCGCACAUUCCAGGCCCCGGCGAACUUCAUCGAGAACUUUCGUCACAUCAGUCGCGUGAAGACGGAUGAGGAGGGAGAUGUUCUUUUGGAUUCUUUGCCUAAAGGAGCCUCCGUGCCUUCGCUGGGACUGUCCAACAAGGCUGUCUAUAAAGUAGAACCAGAGAGUGGCGAGCCAGCGAAGGCUAAAACCGAUUAUCCAGACAACUACUUUGUGCCCAUAACAUUGGAAACACCGCCCCAGGAGGAGACUCUGAUGCAGAACACGCUUUGGCCCGAGCUGCAGAAGCUCUACGGACAUGGCUAUGAGGUCUUUGCCCUGGCCGCCACUGCAGAUGGCUCCCUGCUGGCAUCCACUUGUCGAGCCAGCACCGCGGAGCAUGCUCAGAUUAUUCUCUGGAAUUCUUCCAACUGGAAACAGGUGCAAAAGCUUGGUGGACAUCAGUUGACCGUCACACAGCUCAGCUUCUCCCCCGAUUCAAAAUAUUUGGUGUCCGUAUCCCGUGAUCGCCGCUGGUCCCUGUUUGAGAGGCAGGAUUCUGCCGUGGGCUACAAUCUGGUGGCCACAACGGACAAAACAAAUGGAGUGCACACGCGCAUCAUUUGGGCAUGUGAUUGGUCGCAUGAUGGAAGAUACUUUGUCACAAGCUCCCGAGACGGAAAGGUGGUGGCAUGGAGGAAGGGAGCAAAGACGACUGAGUCAUCUUCACUGAAUGGCUGGCAGGCGGCGGGCAUUCUGGAGCUCAAGAACGAGUCCAUUACAGCGGUGGCCUUUGCCAGAGACUACCUGAGUGGCACCACUGACACCUACGUUCUUGCUUGCGGCACAGAAACUGGCCAGAUAAAGAUUUAUCAGUUCGCUGUGGGAGAAUGGAAGCUUCUCAUCGAUAUAAAAAGAAAUCAUGCCCAUCACUUGACCGUGCGUCGCCUGCAAUUCCGACCUGGCCAACAGCAGCUACAACUGGCCAGCUGUGGCGAUGAUCACUUGGUGCGCAUCUACAGCAUAAAGAUGACGUGAAUUUGGCAACUCUGUGUGUGUGCAUUAAACUGUCCUUUGCAAU